GUCAAAAAAAUAAAAAGAUAAAUACCGGUAAGCGAUUGUCUUACUCUGCAAAAUUCAAACUGAAUGUAAACAGCUAUGCAAAAGAGCAUGGAAAUAGAGCUGCAGAGAGACAAUUUGGACCUCUCCCACUGAGUGUAUGAUCAGACAGUGGAGAAAACAGGAAGAACAACUCCUUAAGAUGCCAAAAAAGAGGAAGGCCUUAAGAGGAAAACCAGCAAAAUGGGCAAACUUGGAGCAGAGGCUUAAGACUUGGAUUAUGGAGCAGCGCCAGAGUGGCUUACUGAGUAUAUGUGUCAACCACGAUUAUUCAAUGUCAGGCAAGAGUGUUUGCAAGUGAAAUGAACAUUGUUGAUUUUACAGGAGAGAUAAAAUGGUGCUUUAAUUUCAAGAGGAGAGAUGGGUUGGCCAUGAGAACACGAACAAAGUUAGCUCAGAAAAUGCCACCAGUUUAUGAGUAGUGACUCAGAAGACAGCAGUGAUACAAUAGAAGUUGAAGAAAUUGAUAUGUCUGGAACUAAUAGUGAUGAGGAAGAGAGCAAUGAUGCAACAGAGGCUGAAUAAAGCGAUAUGCUGCAUAAUAUCAUAGUACUGCCCCCAGGACAUUCCUGUCACCCUCUACAGCGACAAGGAUGAAUGGGAGGUCAGUGCUGGAGGUCCCCAGGGCUGUGUUCCAUCAUGUGUCUACAACAGGACAGGACUGUACUCCUGGAGCAGACAGACCAGGCUCAGGUCAGCAGAUGUGGAAGUGCCGGUCCGACCCAGUUCUCCACAUUGACCUUCGGAGGUGGGCAGACCUUAUGCUGGUGGCUCCUCUUGAUGCCAACACUCUGGGGAAGGUGGCCAGUGGCAUCUGUGACAACUUGCUUACCUGUGUCAUCCGGGCCUGGGACCGCAGAAAGCCCCUGCUCUUCUGCCCAGCAAUGAACACUGCCAUGUGGGAGCAUCCCCUCACCUCGCAGCAGGUGGGCCAGCUCCAGGCCUUUGGCUAUAUCGAGAUCCCCUGUGUGGCCAAGAAGCUGGUGUGUGGAGACCAAGGCUUGGGGGCCAUGGCUGAGGUGGACACCAUUGUGGACACCGUGAAGGAAGUUCUCUCCCAGCACGCUGGCUUUCCGCAGAGUUGAACCCGGGGUCUCCCAUGUGUGUCCUUCUGCACCCAGUGUGUCUUCAGGCCGCGUCAGUGAAGGUGGACACUGGCAGAGUAUGGUGAGAAUUCACCUUUGCGGAAUAAGGGUCUAGCCUGGGCCGGCUCCACAGUCUCCAAGGGCCUGACCUGCCCCAAGGUAAACUGGACCAAAGGCCCAGGUCUCAGCUUCUUUCAGCCGGGAGACUCCCUGCGACCUGGAGUUCCUCCCUCCUUUUCCUGGGAUGGUUCCGGCAAGCCAAGGAGCAAGCUGCUGUAUUGUCCCUGUGCCUCUGGGAGGGCCUGAGGAGUGACUGGCCAACCUGACUCUACAUUGUGCCCAGGAACCACUUUUCGAAAUGGUCCUUGCUGGAGAUUCCCCGUGGGGUGGGCCCUGGCCAGGCCUUUGGGACGUCAGCUGCCCUGCAGAGUCAGGAAAGCCUGUAAGUUGGAAAGACCCUGGCCAUGCUGUGAGAUUGGGGGACUGGGAAAUAAAGUGACCUUUGAGAGACUCUUUGCUUCUUUCACGGCCCACCUGUGGUCUCAGAAAUGGGGUAUUGCCAGGUGUGGGCGAGGAAGGGUCUGGUGCCUGUUACGCCCGCGUCAUGCGGUGGUUAAGGGCCAAGGGCUCCGAAGCAGGACAGCCCCUCGUUUAAAUCCCAGUUCUACCAGCUGCCAGCCCUGGGACCUUGGCUCAGGACUCAGCCUUUCUGACCCUCACUUUCCUCAUC